GCCUCGUGGCCUGAGGAAUCAUUUUGUUGCUGACUGCUCUGUGGCCCUAUUUUGCUUUUUCUCGAGUGUCUUUUCGUUCGUGGCAACUUGUUCUCUCGACAUGCCACAUAAUUAUAACAAAACGCGAACGGGCCAUGGUACAUGGUGGUGUCUGUUUUACAAUUUGUUGCGAAGACGAGGAGAACAAUGGCUGGGCAUCGAAUUGGCCCCAAGUAUUCCAUUCGUCAUGCUACUGUUGCGUGUGGCGUCAGCAUUUCCACCAUGAACAGAUGUACCAGGGAUACUGACGGCGAAAAUCAGCGUGCUGCGUUGGCCUUGUCUGUCUCCAGUGAUGAAGGCAACGAGAGUGACAAUCCCCGAUGUGAGACUCGUGCCAUGAAACCACUCAACCCUGACGGAUUUGCUUUGGACUGUAUAAGAAAUAAUUAACGGAUUCUAUGCUGCGAAGGAGGACCCAACACUGGACAAAGUUCCUGCUCGCUGCAGAGAAACCAUCGACGAUUUUCCAGACAUGAGCAAAACUAGCUCUUGGAAAUGUUGCGUUCCAUGGGAUUCCAGUGUGGCAAGACCAGAGGUAUCACACAAAUAAUGAUGGAACAGCACAGGAUUGUGUCAUGGCGGCAUCGCUACCUGUGAGACAUACCUGGAUGAGACGUGGGUCAAUGCGCAUCACACAGGUACUAGGAGGUGGUACGACAAUGGUGACAUGAGUGUAUAGGCAAGCAACCAAAUGAAGCACCAUCAGGUAAAGGCAAGCGCGUUAUUGUUCUGCAUACUGGUGGACGGGACAGAUUCGUGAAAAACUGCGCCGAUGUGUUCGUGACUGGAGGCCGGCGCCAACGAUGAUAUACGUCGUCGGCUGUCCGAGCACAUCUGUUCACUGUGUAAAACUGUCGUCACAAGUGCAACACAAAACACGGAAUUAUUGGGGCCGUUUCGUUCCUCGCUGGUCUUCUACUAUUCGCAGAUGUUGAACCAGACACAACUGUGACCUAUUUGCAUUGUGUGUGUUUGUGUGUUUGUAAAACUGCUCAUGCUUCCUUUUUGUUAGUCUCUUUAUGGGAGCUGUGUGAAUUGCCUUUGUGAUUUGUUGUGGUGUUUGAAUUUUCACUGCAUUCUUUCAGGGAUCGAGGGAAGUUUCCUACAUGCAUGCUGGAAUGUUUUGAUUUAUUGAGCUAAUUGCAAUACAGGAUUUGAAUUAUUCAGUACAGUUUGCCACAGUAAGUCGUGAAAAGCCACGACUCACUGAUUUCCUACAAAGGUUAGGAGAACUGAAGACAGCAGUGCACAACUGCACAGCCAUGUGCAUGUACAUGUACGUGCAUGCGCUGUGCUACAGUAUAGACCCCUUUCCGGAUCGCCGCGAAUCUCUAUGGUUACCGAGAAAUUCAAACUUUGGUGGGCAAGAAGAACCACUCUACUAAUUAGUUACUUUGUCUUUUUAGUUGGUUGGAUCUAUUUUGUCGUCCUUUCCUUUUAGUUUCAGCCAUGGUGCAGACCUGUGCCGUCAUAGGAUGCACGAAUAGGUAUACGCGUGGCUGUGGAGGUGGUUUCCACCGAUUUCCAACAAAUCCCAAGCGCAGGGGACUCUGGAUUGCUGCAAUUCGCCGUAAAGAAGCUGAUGGAUCGCCCUGGACACCAGACACUGACGAGCGAGUCUGCAAGAAGCAUUUUGUUCUUGGCAAUCCGAAUGCAAAGGAAGCAAAGGAUGACGAGUCCCAUCCUGACUAUGUGCCGUCCUUGAAGCUCGGUUAUGACUCCGCGAACCCUGAAACAGCUACGUCAAAAAUCGAUCGUUCUGUCCGACGUGAGAAGUUUACUGAGCUGAGGAAAAAGAAAUUGGCUGAUGCUGCAAGGCUGAAGCAGAAAGAAGAGGCAAGGAAGGCAAGCCAACGACAUGGUGUUUCUCAUGACCACUCGUACUUCGCCAAACUUCAACUGUCCUCUCCUAUUUUCAAGAACUCAACCGGGAUGUCCAGUCUUCUGAAUCUUGAAGUGCCAACUAUUGCUCCUAUCAAGGUGUCUACAGCAUGUGGACCUGAUGAACCCUACACCUCGGACACUGAUCGUUUGGAAGAGGAAUGCAAGAAGUUGAGGGCGGAAGUUGAACGGCUAAAGCGGCGUUGCGGGGAACUAGAGACUGGGCUUUCGAAGGCACAGUUUGGUGUGCACUGGAUUGACGAGUCUGAUGAGAAGUGUCGCUUCCUCACUGGUCUGCCGAACCGCUCCGUGUUCCAUGCCGUCUUAGGUCAUGUGCAGGAGAAGGCCGCAAAGCUCACUGCCUGGCGCGGUGAUUCCACCAGUGACCCCAAGGACAACAAGCCUGGCCCUCGGAUGACCAAGGACUUGUCCAUUGCCAACCAGUUCUUUGCGACGCUUGUCCGGUUGCGCCAUGGUAUGUGUGGCGGGUUUGUGGCAGCCCUGAUGCAAAUGCCUGACUCCACGUUCAGCAGGAUGUACUCCACGUGGAUUCUGUUUCUGUCCCGUGAGCUGUCUCUCCUCUUCCCGUUCCCGUCCAGACAACUUGUGGACAAGUUCAUGCCACCGUGCUUUAAGUCCAAGUUUCCGCAGACGAGGAUUAUCAUUGACUGUUUGGAGAUCCAGAUGGAGCGCCCAACUUCUCUCCUGAACCAGUCGAUCACUUACUCCAGCUACAAGAGCCGGAACACCAUGAAGAUUCUUGUAGGUGUUUCACCUGCUGGUCUUGUGACUUUUGUGUCGGAUGUUUGGGGUGGCCGAGUCAGUGACAAGGUCAUCACAGAGCAGAGCGGUCUGUUGCAGCUUCUGGAGAAGGGUGACAGUGUCAUGGCUGACAAGGGCUUUGACAUCGAGGUGCCUCUUGCUCUCCAUGGAGUGAAACUGAACAUCCCGCCAAAGCUCGGUGCUGAUAGCCAGAUGAGCGCCCAGAAGAUCGAGAAGACCCGCCGCAUUGCAGAGCUGCGUAUCCAUGUCGAACGGGCUAUCGGACGUGCACGUUGCUACCGUGUCCUCAACACUGUGUUCCCUGUGAGCAUGUCGAGUCUGUCGUCUCACAUCGUGAAAGUGUGCUUCUUCCUCACAAACUUCGACGCCCCGCUAGUAAAUUGA